AUGGCAGUGUUGCCCCCGCCAAGGGCGCAAGCCCUCAAGGGGCGCCGGAAUCAAGAAUUACGUAUCCUGCGCUCGACCAAUCUACGUGCUGAUUCCCCUAUAUGGCCUACCUCUGGGAAUUCGGAACGCGCCACAGAGAGUCUCAAAGGAGCCCUCAACUUCUACGACUCAAUCAAGCCUCUUGCCAUCUCCGCUUACCCAGUCCUGCUACCGGAAGCGGGGAAAGGGUCGUCCAACAACUUGAAUACGCCGAAGAACAUGAUUAUCCGUCAGCUCAACCGAGAUAUGAUAUUGCACACCUUGCCUCUACAUCCAGUACGCUCCCGGGACGCACUCAUGCCGCAAGUUCUGAGGAAGCCCCUAAUCCUCCCAACUCAGUCGUGCCAUUCCUGCCAGCGACCAGCAGACGUCCCGGUCCUGUGCUUGGGCCAGGAAAUGGGUGCCUCAUCCGCUCCUCGCCACAUUCAGUCCGACAUAUCCAUCUACUAUCAGAACGAUGGAGGAAUUAACGGCCUUCUGGACGAAUAUAGACUAGCUGUUCUGGAUCAGAACUACGACGUCAUAGUGUUUAGUGAAACCUGGCAUGAUUCUCGAACUAUUUCGAGCUACGUUUUUGGAGCUAGCUACGAAGUUUUUCGCUGUGAUCGCAUACCGACGAAAAGCAUCAAAACUACCGGAGGUGGCGUACUUGUUGCAAUUGACUCCAGAUUAGAAGCAAAAAUGGUUGAAGACGAUUACCUGAACACCGUUGAGCAAGUAUGGGUUGCUGUUCAGCUUGAUAUGGCCGCGCCUUGUGAUGAGGUUGUGAUUUUAGGCGACUUCAACCAUAUGGGCAUUGCAUGGACUCAUAUUCACAGCGGCUUCUUCCAGCCGGAUCUUGAAAGCUCCACGUUCCAUGCACGUGCCGUUAAACUUCUGGAUAACUACAGUAUCGCAACGCUAUAUCAAAUCAAUGGCGAGGUUAACGAGAAUAAUCGCUCUCUGGACCUCUGCUUCGUGAGUGGUCGUACCACGGCACCUUCCAUCUGUUCGGCUCCUGCACCCUUAGUUAAGGAUGUUGCUCAUCACCGCCCUCUAGUGAUUGCCGUCGAAGAUAAUGUUAUGCGUGAUUUCUUCAACCCCCCAGCCGUGGUAUCGUACGAUUUCCAUAAGGCGGACCAUCGCAGUAUUACUGAAGUGCUAUCAAAUAUGGAUUGGGAACAUAUUCUUGAUCUAGUAGACAUUAAUUCUGCUGCAGAAACUUUUUCUCACAUCAUGGUGUACAUCAUCGACAGGCAUGUCCCAAAAAAGUCCGUUCGAUCAGACUCUCGUAUCCCGUGGAUGACGAAUGCUCUCCGGUCGCUGAAAAGGUGCAAGAAAGCUGCACUCAGAAGUUACACGAAACACCGUACGUUGCCACUCAAAUUCCACUAUGUCAGACUCAACAACGAGUAUAAGCGGAUCAGUCGUUAUCAUUUCCUACGCUACCAAAGAGGGAUACAGCGACGACUAAGAUCUCACCCAAAGUCCUUUUGGAGCUACGUAAAUGAACAGCGCAAAGAGACUGGAUUUCCAUCGUCCAUGGUAUUCAAUAGUGAAUCUGCAAGCACCCAACAAGGUAUAUGCAACCUGUUCUCAGCUAAAUUCGCCAGUGUGUUUGAAGACGAACAACUACCUGUUGAUGUCGUGACCACCGCUGCCAGCAACGUCCCAUUAGCUAAUCAAUCGCUCGGUGAUAUCGAGGUGAAUGUCGAAGCCAUCUCGAGAGCGAUGUCAAAGCUUAAGACAUCAUCUAAGCCUGGUCCUGACGGUGUUCCAUCGAUGAUUCUCAAAAGGAAUAUUACCUGGCUGCUGGAACCCCUCUCUCUAUGCAGCGGCACAUUCCCAUCUUGCUGA